AUGCGAUGGAACUCAUCUCUCGCAGCAGAGACCACCCGUCCAGACGGGCCGGUCAUUUCAGAAACCAACCGUGCUGAAGCGACGUUGAAGCGGUUCUGGAAGACGGUCGGAAUCGAUACGCACGGCGACUCGCUUGCGGUCACCUUGGAUAAACGGGCCUUGAAAACGCCCUCGGGGAAUAAGAUGCUGCUCCCGCAGAACAAGCGGCUCGUCGCAACGCUCAUCGCUGGGGAAUGGGACAGCCAAGAAACGAUGCUGAAGCCGCAUGCUUUGCCUAUGACUUCGAUAGCUUCCCGAGCUUUGGACGCAAUGUCGGAUGAACAGACGCGCCAUGACGUGCGUGAUGCGUUGUUAAAGUACUUGGACACCGAUACAAUCUGCUUUCACCAAGAAGAGCCUCCGCUGCUUGCAGAGCUGCAGUCCACGCACUGGGUGCCUUUGUUAGAAUGGGCUAGAUCGACGUUUGAUGUCGAGAUCCAGACGUCCGAAUCCAUCCUGCUGAGCGAGCAGCCCGAGGAGACUAAACGCAAACUUGGCGCGGUGCUGGAUACGUUUGAUCCAUGGGAGAUGGCUGCCAUGGAGCGGGCCACGUACACCACCAAGUCGUUCUUAAUAGCCCUUGCCCUCGUCAAGAAGCAGCUGAGCAUAGAGCAGGCCGCUAAGGCUGCGCAGAUCGAGGUGGACAGCCAAAUCCAGCGCUGGGGAGAAGUCGAAGACUCGCAUGACGUUGACUUCCACGAUGUCCGGAGGCAGCUUGGCAGUGCUGCAUGUCUAUUAUCGUAUACUUAA